CUACACAUGUACUAGCCGACAACAUAACACAAAUACGAAUAAAUAAUGACAUAAUCUCGUUAUACAUGUAUGUUUGCUGCAUGCAUACGUCACAUUGUUGGAGUUUCCCAUAAAAAAAUUCGCUUAUUCCUUCUCCUGACACCGUCUUGUCAGCAGGCGUUCUCAGAAUCAUGGAUUCCUCCAGCAAGAAAGCUUUGGUCGUUCUGGUGGGUUUUCUGCUCGGCAAGGCCAUUGGACAAACCGUCCCCGUCCCGGUAGGAAAAUUGCCCAGCUUUAACGUUUACGAGAAACGUGUAACUCUUUCGGGGUUUUCAAGUGGAGGAACGUUUGCUCAAAUGUAUCAAAUUUCUCACUCUUCAACGAUCCAUGGAAUUGCAGUAUUCUCACAUACGUACUAUCGCUGCGGCCCUCCAUCCGGAAAGAUUGACGACUACGACAAGGUGUGCACAAAGCUGUUCAACCAGACGGGUGACAAGCUGUACAAUCCCGAGUUGGUGCACAAGGAUAUCGAGACCUACUUGUACCGUGGUCUGAUUGACGACCCGGUCAACCUCCGCCAUCGAUUCCUCUACGUCUACACUGGACUCAGAAACUUCCUCUUCACUGCAGAUCAAAGUCUCAGUAUUCUACAAGUUUAUGAACGCUACAUUAAAAAUCCGCAUCGAAUCAAAACUAGGGUUCAAGAUGCUGAGCUUCUUUUGCCCACAAAUAACGAAUUUGGAGUUCCUUGCACUGAAAGGCCUGAUAAUACGUCGUUCAUCGGAAACUGCGGUUUCUCUGGGCCUUACGAAGCUCUGGUUUUCCUCCAUGGUUCCGACCACCGCAUGAGGGAAACUACAGGAGCAAGUAAACAGUCUCUAAUGCAGCAGCUUAAAAUGUUUGACCAGCGUGAAUUUGUCACGGGUCUCAAAAAUCCACAGUUGGACAUGGUGGGCUAUUAUUUCGUCCCAACGACGUGCGAAAGGAGGCGAUGUUUGUUGCAUAUUUACUUUCACGGGUGCCUCACGGGCCGACAAUUCGAGGGGACGAAGCACAUUGAGCAGAGUGGAUUUCUUGAGAUCGCCGAGGCGAGUGACAUGAUUCUCAUAUUUCCUCAGGCUGUGAUGAGUGAACCUCAAAAUGACAUUGGAUGCUGGGACACAUUCGGGAUUUCUGGUGAACUUUACGCCACGAAGCGAGGAGAUCAGAUUACGGCAGUGAAGCGAAUGGUGGACCGGGCCUUAGGAAAGGGCACACUGUCCUCCUCCUCCUCGAGCAGCGGUCAGAUUUGGUUCAACAACAAGCAGGACGCCACCAGUUUUGCCCAGGAGGGUCAGAAAGGGGGGUGGUCUCAUCACAACCAGUACGGCGGUGGUGGGCGUGGGAAGCAAAAAUAUCGAGCAGGAUAUGGCCAUUAUUAUGGAUGACACGCACCCGACCUACUUACAAAUGUCAAAUUAGGAGCAGUGGUAGGUACAUGGGUAUUGUAAUUGUAUUAGUUUGCUAAUUAACAAUGAAUUGUUACCUCGUUAUGUUACAACAUUUUUAUUAAAUAUUUAUACUUUUGGUUGGGACUUGACUAUGUCGCCGCCUCCGGUGUUACGUUA